AUGAGUGUGGAGGCGUACGGGCCCAGCUCCCAGACCCUCACCUUCCUGGACCCCGAAGAAGCCGAGCUGCUGGGAGCCGACACCCAGGGCUCUGAGUUCGACUUCACAGACUUCACCCUGCCCAGCCAGACCCAGACCCAGGGGCUCGCUCACAGCCAGGACGCUCAGCUGAACGGGCCGGACGACGGUCUGCUCAAUGGCGGCGUGGACGAUCCCGUGGCCAAGACCACUCAGCUGCUGCAGGAGCUCAACUUCGAAGAGGACGAAGAGGACGCGUUCUACACCAAAGACCUGCCCCUGCACGCCUGCAGCUACUGUGGCAUCCACGACCCGGCCUGUGUGGUCUACUGCAACACCAGCAAGAAGUGGUUCUGUAACGGACGAGGGAACACAUCUGGCAGCCACAUCGUGAACCACUUGGUGAGGGCCAAGUGUAAAGAGGUGACUCUGCACAAAGACGGGCCCCUGGGGGAGACGGUGCUGGAGUGUUACAACUGCGGCUGUCGCAACGUCUUCCUGCUCGGAUUCAUCCCAGCCAAGGCCGACUCUGUGGUGGUGCUCCUCUGCAGGCAGCCGUGUGCGAGCCAGAGCAGCCUGAAGGAUAUAAACUGGGACAGCUCCCAGUGGCAGCCUCUGAUCCAGGAUCGCUGCUUCCUGUCGUGGCUCGUGAAGAUUCCGUCUGAACCGGAGCAGCUGAGGGCGCGCCAGAUCACGGCGCAGCAGAUCAACAAGCUGGAGGAGCUCUGGAAGGACAACCCCGGAGCGUCCCUGGAGGACCUGGAGAAAACCGGUGUGGACGACCAGCCGCAGCAGGUGCAGCUUCGGUACGAAGACGCGUAUCAGUAUCAGAACGUGUUUGGGCCGUUGGUCAAACACGAGGCCGACUACGACAAGAAGCUCAAGGAGUCACAGACUCAGGACAACAUCACGAUCCGCUGGGACCUCGGCCUCAACAAGAAGCGCAUCGCAUACUUCACUCUUCCCAAGACGGACUCAGACAUGCGGCUGAUGCAGGGCGAUGAGAUCUGCCUCCGAUACAAAGGAGACCUGGGACCUCCGUGGAAGGGCAUCGGCCACGUCAUCAAAGUCCCUGACAACUACGGAGACGAAAUCGCCAUCGAGCUGCGGAACGGGGCCAACGCUCCCGUGGACAUCACACACAACUUCCAGGUGGACUUUGUCUGGAAGUCCACCUCCUUCGACAGGAUGCAGAGCGCCCUGAAGACGUUUGCAGUGGAUGAGACGUCAGUAUCCGGAUACAUUUACCACAAACUUCUGGGACACGAGGUCGAGGACGUCACCAUCAAGUGUCAGCUCCCAAAGCGCUUCACUGCCCAAGGGCUGCCAGACCUCAACCACUCACAGGUGUAUGCUGUGAAGACUGUGCUGCAGAGGCCCCUGAGUCUGAUCCAGGGGCCCCCAGGAACCGGCAAAACGGUGACGUCUGCCACCAUCGUCUUCCACCUGUCCCGCCAGGGCAACGGGCCGGUGCUGGUGUGUGCUCCCUCGAACAUCGCGGUGGACCAGCUCACAGAGAAGAUCGAUAAGACUGGUCUGAAGGUGGUGCGUCUCUGCGCCAAGAGCCGAGAGGCCAUCGAGUCUCCGGUGUCCUUCCUGGCUCUGCACAACCAGAUCAGCAACAUGGACAGUAUGCCAGAGCUGCAGAAGCUGCAGCAGCUGAAGGACGAGACGGGAGAGCUGUCGUCUGCAGACGAGAAACGCUACAGGGCUCUGAAGAGGACAGCAGAGAGAGAGCUACUUAUGAACGCUGAUGUGAUCUGCUGCACGUGUGUUGGAGCUGGAGAUCCUCGUUUGGCAAAGAUGCAGUUCCGCUCCAUCCUCAUCGACGAGAGCACACAGGCCACGGAGCCCGAGUGUAUGGUACCAGUGGUGCUGGGGGCCAAACAGUUGAUCCUGGUGGGGGACCACUGUCAGCUGGGGCCUGUGGUGAUGUGUAAGAAAGCGGCGAAGUCGGGUCUGUCCCAGUCUCUGUUCGAGCGGUUGGUGGUUCUGGGCAUCAGACCCAUCCGGCUGCAGGUCCAGUACCGCAUGCACCCGGCCCUCAGCGCCUUCCCUUCCAACAUCUUCUACGAAGGGUCUCUGCAGAACGGAGUCACGGCAGCUGAUCGCAUUAAGAAAGGCUUCGACUUCCAGUGGCCACAGCCCGACAAACCCAUGUUCUUCUACGUCACUCAGGGGCAAGAGGAGAUCGCCUCCUCAGGGACCUCCUACCUCAACAGGACGGAGGCCGCCAACGUGGAGAAGAUCACCACGCGGCUCCUGAAGGCUGGGGCCAGACCGGACCAGAUCGGCAUCAUCACACCAUAUGAGGGCCAGCGCUCCUACCUGGUCCAGUACAUGCAGUUCAGCGGCUCUCUGCACACCAAGCUCUACCAGCAGGUGGAGAUCGCCAGCGUGGAUGCUUUCCAAGGCCGAGAGAAGGACUUCAUCAUCCUGUCCUGUGUGCGCGCCAAUGAGCACCAGGGCAUCGGCUUCCUUAACGACCCACGGCGCCUCAACGUGGCCCUGACCCGAGCCAAGUAUGGUGUGAUAAUCGUGGGGAACCCGAAGGCCCUGUCGAAGCAGCCGCUGUGGAACAAUCUGCUGAACUACUAUAAGGAGCAGAGGGUCCUGGUGGAGGGGCCUCUCAACAACCUGCGAGAGAGCCUCAUGCAGUUCAGCAAGCCUCGGAAACUGGUCAACACCAUCAACCCUGGAGGACGCUUCAUGAGCACCGCCAUGUACGACGCCCGAGAGGCUAUGAUCCCGGGCUCUGCCUACGACCGCUCCAGCCAGGCCGGACGACCCUCCAACAUGUACUUUCAGACUCACGACCAGAUCGGGAUGAUAGGGGCGGGGCCUGGUCACAUGGCCACCAUGAACCUGCCCAUCCCCCUCAACCUGGUGAUGCCCCCGAUGCCCCCGGCCAGCUUCCUGGGCCACAUGAAUGGUCCGGCGGGUGAGUGGGGUAUGAAGGGAGGGAUGAAGGGAAAGCCCGGGCGCGGCCGAGGGCAGAGGUCUCGUGGAGGUGGCCCUCAGAGCCAGGCCAGCCAGGAUGGGGCCUCCCAGCCCUUCUCCCAGGGGCCACUCACACAGGGCUACAUGCACAUGAGCCAACCCUCCCAGAUGAGCCAGCCAGGGCUGUCCCAGCCCGAGCUGUCCCAGGACAGCUACCUCGGAGACGAGUUCAAGUCCCAAAUGGAUGUGGCCCUGUCCCAGGACUCCACGUACCAGGGCGAGAGGGCGUACCAGCACGGAGUGACCGGCCUGUCCCAAGAACCGGAGCUGCGCCGAGCGGUGCCACGGCGGAACCCCGAGCUGCGCGUUGGAAACACGGCCACGAGUCGCAGACGAGAUGCGGCGAGACUGAGGAGAGACGAGAUCAAGUCUCAAACAGAACGACCUGCACCUCCCGACGAUCCCGACGAUCCCGACAGCCUUCAGCCGGAGGCAGCGGCCGAGAGCAAACAGGAACAUGAGGUUUCUCUCUGA